AUGGAUGUCAAAAAGCCCGAGGAUGGUCAGCCCGGCGGCAAACCGCCUCAAGAAAUCAGAAUUCCAUGUCCUGUGUGCAAAUACCGGAAGUUCAGGUCAGAGCAGGCGUUUUGCGAUCAUCUGCAGACCGAGCACAACAUUUUUCCAUGCCAGGAUUGCGACGCAAUCUAUGCAUGUAGAGAUGACUUAGCUAGGCACGAAAGCGAGAAACACGGCAAUAUCAAUUACAAUGUCAAAUGGAAGCUGAAACACAAAGGCAAAUCCAGUCCUGUAAUCCGAAGUGUCUCCUUGCCCGCAUCGGAAAAUAUAUCGCCGACCCAGCUGCCAAUGCGGCUUCAUCCACAGCCCGCGCGAGCUCGUCCAUCAACUGCUCAUGCCCGACAACCAUCUACAGAAACCCGGAAAUCACCAGCACAAAUCCGUCACUCCUCCACGUUGGUCCAUCAAGGAGAUCAGCAGGGCCGUCCAGCACGCGCUCAAGUCUUCCGAUCGCCACGCAGUCCAGUCUUUCACCCACGACAUAAGUUCCGCCAAAUGCGCCAUCCACUCCCUCCACGACCAGUGAACGUCUAUCAAGAAUCCUCUCAAGCCUUCCAGUCACCAGGACAAGUUCCUCAAGCCCCAGUGGGAUUCUAUCAAGCAUCUGAACAAGACUUCCAACCACCAAUGGGGGCAUCUCAAGUGCCAGUGGGGUUCUAUCAAGCAUCUUAUCAAUUAUUCCUACCAGUGGGAGUCCCCGGAUCCCUAGGAGGGUUCUAUCAGCCACCUGCUCAAUUCUAUCAGACCCCGACCCCGCCCUCUCAUAUACCUUCUCCAAUGUAUCAAUCACCCCCUUGGGGCUGUCAGAACCAGGUGAAGAGGUAUCGUGCAGCCUCCCAGGGCCGUCGAACACCAACUCCGAUCUACCAAGCACAUCCUCGUCGCAGGAAGAACAAGGUACAGGUCUAUCGGGCCGCGCUUCAGGUCACACAGUUCCCAGAAGAAAAUUAUCAGUCUCGACAACAGAUCUGGAACUCUCAGUUCCUCAGUCAAGAGCGUCAACAUCAAGAGCCUCAACAAGCUAAGCAAAUCUUCUGGUCUCCUGCGCGGGAUUCACACUCCACCGCGCGGGACUCACACCCCCGAGAACAGUACUCUCAGCAAGCAAAGGAAAUCUCACAUUUUCCCCAACAGGGCUCGCAAUCUCUACAAAGCUCUCAGUCCUUAAUGCAGAACUCUCAGACUUUUUCACAAAGCUCUCAGCCUCCGGAACUGGACCCUCACCUGGAACUCUCUCAGUCCCCAGUGCAGGUCCUACAAGAAGCAGAGAAGGUUACGGAGUCUCUACAAGAGGGCUAUCAAUCCCUGGGAAAGUCUCAAUUUCUGGUUCGUCACUACGAACAAGCGGAAAUCUCUCAAUCCACACAACCCUCUCAGUCCGUAUUGCAGGUCCUUCAAGAAGCAGAGAAGGUUACGCAGUCUUUACAAGACGGCUAUCAAUCCUUGGGAAAGUCUCAAUUCCUAGUUCGUCACUACGAACAAGCGGAGGCAUUCUCUCAGUCCACACAACCCUCUCAGUCUGCAGUGCACACCUCAGACCAAACGGAACAAGUUUCCCACCCCUCACUGCAUCUAUCCGCCCACGACCCUAUCGCCGCGGAAGCAAACAAAGCAGACGGAGCGAAAACCUCAACCCCAGCAACAAACACAACAACACCACACCUCUUCAUCUCACCCCCACCAACAGACCCAACCUUCAGUCUAAUCUACCGCAAAAUGCCACACCGCUGGACAGACCUCGAACCCCUCGAACAAGCCCUCAUUUUCAACUACCUCCUGGCAAAAAGCCACUCCCCCCAACGCCUGCACUCGCAAGGCUACAACCCGCCAAGGACCGUCGACACAAAAUCCUGUCUGAGCCACGCCGAAGCACAUCAACACCACCUUACCCCCCGACCUGCAAAUCCGAAUUCAACCCUUCGAAAGGCAAUCGUCCUAGACUGCGAAAUGAUCGAAACAACAGUCUGCACUAGCGAACUAGCCUUUAUCACCGCAAUCGAUUUCCUCACCGGUGAAGUCUUGAUCAACAGUUACGUGACACCAACGGCACCAGUGACGAACUGGUUGACACCCGUUAGCGGGAUCACACAGGAGAAAAUGGACGCGGCGGUCGCAGAGGGUAAUGUAUUUGUCUCGAAUGCGGAUGCGCGUGGCGCACUGCGGAAAUUCCUAAAUCAUGAGACCGUUCUGAUUGGUCAUGCUCUUCAACAUGAUCUACGGACAUUGAGUUUGAUUCAUGGUCGGAUCGUGGAUACGUCUGUUAUUACGUCCGAGGCGGUUUUUCCGAAUGUUUCAUUCAAGACGACGUUGCCUCGCAUUUGGGGACUAGAGACUCUUGCGGAGGAGUUGAUUGGGAUUGGGAUUCGGGGGGGUAAGGAAGGACAAAGUUCGCUUGAGGAUGCGUUGGCUACGAGAGAGAUCCUGAUUUGGUGUUUGCGAAGUCCGCAGUGUCUUCAUGCUUGGGCUGAGCGGACUCGAGAUUCACUUGCACAAAUGCGGCAUCAGAGAGGUGCGCGGAGGAAUUGGGGGAAGAAAGGUGGUGGUGCUAACGCGGAUAAAAGUUAG